AUGAGGAAAUCCCACCUCCUCGCGGCGUUGGCUGCCAGCGCGAGAAUGGUGACCGGGUUUGGCUAUUCGAGCUAUCCAAACUGCGCAGUAAUCUGUGUGAUGGACGCAUUGCCAAGGUCGCCAUGCCGCACGCUCGACGCCGCUUGCCUCUGCGCCGACACCACUUUCACAGAUCUAGUCGCGCCUUGCAUCAAGGCGAACUGCACAAUGGCAGAGCGUUUGGAUUCCGUGAGAGUUUCGGCAACUGCAUGUGGGGUGACAGUUGCGGACAACACGGCCCUUCCGCGUUAUCUCACUGGCAUACUGUUUGCCUUGCCAACUGUGUUCAUCGGCAUUAGAAUACUAAACAAAAUCCUAAAUCCUCUUCCUUGGGGCGCAGAUGAUUUCAUGGCGAUCACUGGAUACGUUUGCACUAUUCCUUUGGUGCCCUUGAUCUAUCGAUCCCUGGAUAUUGGUCUCGGGGAUCCUGUCUGGACAGUUGCGCCCACCAAAAUGGUGGAAUUCCUUCAGAUGCUGUUUGCUACACAAAUCCUCUAUGUUGUAGGGCUCAUGACCCUCAAAGCAUCAGUGCUGUUCUUCUUUCUUCGAAUUUUCCCAACACGCGGCUUCCGAAAGAUCAUUUGGGCCACCCAUGGUCUCAACUUCCUCGUCGGGCUCAUUUACAUAAUUCUGACCUUUGCGCAAUGCCGGCCCCUUUCACUGUAUUGGACAGGAUGGGAUAAGAAUGAGAGCUACAAGAACGAGAGGUGCCUCGACUUCAACAAAUUCAUCCUGUCACACGCCAUCAUCAACAUCAUCCUAGACGUCUGGAUGCUGAUUCUGCCAUUGACGCAGCUUUACAAGCUGAAUUUGGUUUUACGGAAGAAAAUUGGAGUCAUGCUGAUGUUUAGCGUGGGAUUAUUCCUUACUGCCGUCAGCGCCAUUCGAAUCCACACAAUGGUACGCUUCAUGACAGAUAGCAACGUAACAUCUCAAGCACUUUGGGUCUAUGUCUGGACGUUCACCGAGCUCUGCGUUGGCGUAUUUGUUGCGUGCAUGCCAAACGCCGGUCAACUGUGGAGAACACUGUUCAUGAAGCCAAAGGCAAAGGCGAUUGGAGAGUCCAAAUCCAGACGACACUCUGCGUAUGGAGCAGAGAUGGUCUCGUUACCGCAACAGAUCUACUCACUCGCCGGUCUGACACCUUCCGGCGCAUAG